AUGGAAUCCCCUAUACAAAAUUCGCCCGUGUUUUUCUUUCUUCCUUCUUUGUUAUGUAUCAUGGUUUUCUUGUUUCAGCUAACUAGAAAACUCUCUUCUUACCCACCAGGCCCAAAAGGGUUACCCAUCAUCGGCAAAAUGUCAAUGAUGCCCCAAAUGUCUCACCAUCAUCUAGCCCAGCUUGCUCAGCAAUAUGGUGGGCUCGUCCAUCUCCAAAUGGGCAUGCAUAACAUGGUGGUCAUAUCAACUCCAGACUUGGCCCGUGAAGUCCUCCAGGUCCAAGAUAGUGUCUUCGCGAACCGAUCCUCAAGCUUCGCAGCUACAUACCUAAGCUAUGAUCGGGCCGACAUGGCCUUUGCCAAUUACGGCCAAAUUUGGCGUCAAAUGCGUAAGAUAUGUGUCAUGAAGCUCUUUAGCCGAAAACGAGUCGAGACUUGGGACUCUGUAGGAGACGAGAUAGACAAGAAGGUCCAAACCAUUUCGACCAAAACUGGAACACCCAUUAAUCUCUCUAAGAUGGCUUCAAGUCUCACCAGCCACAUAAUCUAUAAGGCAGCGUUUGGUUCCAACUCACGUGAAGGAGAGGAGGGCCAGUUUGAAAACAUUUUGCAAGAAUACUCGAAGCUUUUCACAGAGUUAGAUUUUUCGGAUUUUAUACCGUGGUUGAGUUGGAUUCAUAAAAAAGAUUUAAAGAAAAGAUUGGUUAAUGUAAGAAGGGCACUUGACUUGUUCAUUGAUAAGGUCAUCGAUGAACACUUGGCCAAAAAGAGAAACAAGAAUAGCAAGGAUGAGAAUGAAGCUGCUGCUACAGAUAUGGUGGAUGAACUAGUAAGUUUCCUUGAUGAAGGUGCUGAUCAUGAGAACAAGAAGUCCACGGACUCGCUAUCCACCUUUAAGCUCAAUAGAGAUAACAUCAAAGGUCUUAUCAUGGAUAUAAUGAUUGGUGGAACCGAAACUGUUGCUUCAGCAAUUGUGUGGGCGUUGGCAGAGCUAAUGAAGAACCCAGAAGAUCUCAAGAAGGUCCAAGUAGAGCUCUCAAAUGUCGUAGGCUUGCGCCGUAGAGUCCAAGACUCCGACCUUGAAAACCUCACGUAUCUCAAGUGCACACUCAAAGAAACUCUUCGUCUCCACCCUCCAAUCCCCCUCAUCGUCCAUGAGACUGCAAAGAACACCGUGUUAGCUGGGUAUUCUAUCCCAGCUCGCUGGCGCGUGGUGAUCAACUCGUGGGCUAUUGGGCGGGAUGGGACGGUGUGGGAGGAGCCAAAUGCAUUCAAGCCGUCGAGGUUUUUGGAACCAGGUGCUAAGGAUUUUAAGGGAAAUGAUUUUGAGUUUAUUCCAUUUGGGUCAGGAAGGAGGUCUUGCCCAGGCAUGCAACUAGGGUUUUAUGUAUUAGAGAAGAGUGUGGCUGAGCUUGUUCAUUGUUUUACGUGGGAGUUACAUGAGGGAAUGAAGGGUGGUGAGCUUGAUAUGAGUGAUACGCCUGGACUCACCACUCCAAAAGGUGCUCCUCUUAUUGCAGUGCCGAGUUAUCGCCUAGAGUGUGCACUUUGGUAG